AUGGAUCGUGAACAUACGCCGCAGAAGCAGCGUCAGAAGCGCAGUAGCAGCCAUCGCGGUCUCAAUUCCACCAAUAGCAGCAACGGUAGCUCUUCCACAAGUCAUGGUACAAUGUCUCGAGCUACUACAAGCUCAUUAUCAGGCUCUUCACGCGCAUUUCGAAGCUCUCAACGACCUCGUCAUCGCAAUCUAUCUUCAUCUUCAUCUCCUGCUUUGAUGAUGUCCAAGACGCUGCUUCGUCCACCUAUUGGAGGACCUCCAGGGUCGAUCGGAGUUCUCUAUGAACCUGAUGCUCCUGAUGCUAAUCGUCGCAGUCGACAUGAUGUCGCAUCAUAUCAGGACAGAGAUCAUCAUUUUCAGGCUGAUACUCGGCUCAAUAGCAGCUCUAGAGCCUCUUUAUCAUCAUCAUCUAUAGAACGGCGCAAUACGAGGACAGGCUCUUCAGCAAUGAAACAAAGCGGUCUACGACCUUAUUCGUUCUCUACCUUAGAGCAGAUUAACAUUAGUCCACCACUUACUAGUGUCAAGCUUAUUACACCUCAGAUGCAGUUUGCCACGGACUUGUCGGUGAAAUUAGGAUCUUGUCUAGAACUUACAAACUUUACGGUAGUAGGUGUACUUGGGUUGGAAGGAGUGGGCAAGUCUACAGUCUUGUCUUUACUUGCUCAGAAGGAUAAAAACACAGAUGAUACGAUAUUCAUGACAAGAAACUUGGAAUCAAGAGUGUUGGAUCGGCAUGAGACGAUUGGAAUUGAUUUAGCUGUCUCAAUGGUUGGAGGAUCCGGUCAUCCGACAAUCUUAUUGGACUCACAACCACUGCUAAGCAGCUCAAUUCUUGCAGAUUUAUUGGAACGGAAUGAGUCGCAGCGGUUUGGUGCACUCACGCCGGAGCAACAAGUAGAGGCUGUAUCGUAUCAGAUUGCGGUGUUUCUGUGUGCCAUCUGCCACUAUGUGCUGAUUGUUCAUGACGGGUUGGCAUUUCAAAUCUCUGUGACUAACCUUCUUCGCACGAUAGAGCAGAAGUUCUCACAGUGUCGACUACCAAAUGUGUCUGGGAACAGCCAAAAGCACGCAGCGCGGCUACUUUAUGUGGCUAACAAUGUCUCAGAUUCGGAGUUUUUGUACCGCGAAGACGAGCUGUUUUCAGCUCACGAGCGUGCACUUGAGGCGGCUUGGCCGCAAGCGUUGGCUCGCGUUCCAUAUACACUAGCAAGACACAGUAGUUCUGUGUGCAACGAUGCUAGUAUUCUCUACACGGCGUCAUUCGUGCUGCCCCAUUGUCAGCAACUGCUGACACGCCGGGAGUCAAAAUUAGCUGCAUCAUUAGUAAUGACAUCUCCAGCGAGCGAAGACAAGAAUGUGAAAGACCAAAACAAGACAAGCACACGCGGUUUUGUUUCAAACAAAUACGCAGACUUUGAUGAUGCUGCAGAAGAUUUCCAGCGAUUUAUGCUGAGCUUACCGAGCUCACCCUCUUUUACAUCACAAGCGAUGUCGGCUCCACCGAUGCCACUAGGUUCGAAGCCACUGCCACCUCCGCAUCCACUCUCGCUGCGUGAAUGGCUAAGCAACGCCUCUCGUGUAUUUAAAGGUGUGCGCAAGGCAAGUUGCUUUACAGCCGAAUGCACUUCUUCACGUGACCACAAGUAA